AUGUCCAAUCAAUACGUGUAUAACAACUACCAGUACUCCCCCAGCAUGGGGUACGCCAGUCUCAGCAGUAUGAACGCAGGCGCCAACGGUGGCAACAACAGCAACAACACCAGUCCGUUGUUCAACAACUUGAACUACGUCUCUCCCACCAGCACCUCCAGCAGCAUGAUGUCCACCAGCAACGGCUCGGGCUCCAGUGCCACCAGCUCUGCCUCGACCGGAGGCUCCAACUACUCGUUCCACACCCCUAGACUUAGAUACUACCUUUCCAAAUCAUUUGACAUCGAGGACGACAUGGAGUUCUGCCCCGACAUCCCGGAACAACAGUACUCCUCCAGCCCCAACUCCAAGAAAUUCAACCCAUACACCGCCAGUGUGUUCUCGCCCUCGCAGGAGGCUCCACCCUCCACCUCCUCGCCACGGGUGCACACGCCCCGGCUCAAGAAACCGUUGGAGAUCAUCCACCCACAAACCAAGUUGAGGGUGGGCUCUCCAGCUACUCAAAAGUAG